AUGAAAGUAGCUAGCUAUAUGUUGUUGCAUGGUCAUUGUUAGUCAAAUCCUCUCAACAUUUGGGAUAGGGAAGGUAUCUAUCUAACUGCAGAGAUCAUCCAACACUGGAAAGGUGAUAUGCUCGUGAAGUUUACAGUGUCUAGCUUUUGGAUUCUUCCAACAUGUCGAGCUCGUACCGAAGCAGGAUCCAGGAAUUCAAGGUGGCCUUGAGUGAAGAGAAGCUAGACUUGAAUGCACUCCGGGAACUUUGCUUCAGCGGUAUCCCAUUUGAAGGAGGCAUCCGUGCACUUUGCUGGAAAGUCCUUCUAAACUACCUGCCUCUGGACCAGACGAUGUGGGAUUCCUUUCUCAAAAAGCAGAGGGAGGGUUAUUCCCAGUUCCUGAAGGAGAUGAUUAUCCAGCCCGGCAUCGCUAAGGCCAACCUGGGCCUCUCCAGAGAGGACGUGACCAUGGAGGACCACCCUCUCAACCCCAGCCCAGAGAGCAAGUGGAACAACUACUUCAGAGACAACGAGGUGCUGCUGCAGAUUGAUAAAGAUGUCAGGCGUCUGUACCCAGACAUGGCCUUCUUCCAGUGGCCCACAGACUACCCAUGCCAGCUGAUCCUGGACCCCCAGAAUGACUAUGAGACCCUCAGGUGCCGUGUGGAACAGACCACCCUCAAGGCCCAAACUGUGGACCGCAACCGCAGCGGGGUCACCAACGUGACUCCCCCGGGCAAGGCCCUCAACCUGUACCCUUCCAACGAGUAUGAGGUGCUGCCCAAUGGCUGUGAGGCCCACUGGGAGGUGGUGGAGCGCAUCCUGUUCAUCUACGCUAAGCUCAACCCAGGCAUCGCCUACGUGCAGGGCAUGAACGAGGUGGUGGGACCCCUCUACUACACCUUCGCUACCGACCCCAACGACAAGUGGAGAGAGCACGCUGAGGCGGACACCUUCUUUUGUUUCACCAACUUGAUGUCGGAGAACCGGGACAUGUUCAUCAAGAGUCUGGACGACUCGCAGUGCGGCAUCACCUACAAGAUGGAGAGCGUCUACUCCAUGCUCAAGGAGAAGGACAUGGAGCUCUACAUUAAACUGCAGGAGCAGAACAUCAAGCCUCAGUACUUCACCUUCCGCUGGCUGACCCUGCUGCUGUCUCAGGAGUUCCUCCUACCCGACGUCAUCCGCAUCUGGGACACGCUCUUUUCCGACCAGGACCGCUUCAACUUCCUCAUCCUGGUCUGCUGCGCCAUGCUCGUACUGAUUCGAGAUCAGUUGCUGGCAGGCGACUUCACGAUCAACAUGAGACUGCUGCAGGACUACCCCAUCUCAGAUGUCCACACCAUCCUGGCCAAGGCCAAGGAGCUUCAGGACGGGUCAUAGCCACCCCUACCUCCCUUCUCCCUUCCUUGGUUGGGGAGGGGAAGAUGCAACAUGAAACUGAUAACCCUGGGCACAACAAAGGAGGGAGAGGAAGACACCUGGCGCCAGGUUUGGUACAAGGUUGGUCGGGGAAACCAAACUCUGUACUUAGGCUUGUCAUCUCACUCUCACGGCCUGACAGUUUUUCCACUGGGAGGGUGUGUGGCCUCAAGCUAUUUAUUUUUGCACUGAACACUUGAAAAAAAGUGUACAAAUCUGCAUAUAUGAAGCAGAGAAACCACAGUAACGAUUACAACAGAAGCAUCAUUAUAAAGUCUGCCAGGGCUAAUAUCACACUCCCAGUUUUUUUUUAGGGUGUUUCUUUUAGUGGGUUGGGAAUAACUUUUUUUUUUUUACUUUCAAAGUGAAGUUUUUUUUAAAUCAUUAAGAUGAAAUAUAAUACUACCAUGUAAAGACUAACCACAACAACAGCAAAAAAAUGUUGCCACAGGGUUUGCUUUAAAGUAUAGAUUGUUAUGACAUUGGGCCUCAACGCAAGCAUCCUCUCUCUCUGUGUUCAUGACCGUGCUCAGAUAUUUACUCUACGCACAUGAGCUACACGUCUGGACAGUUUAUAGCUGGAUGUAACCUGAUUCCGUGUCUAUGGAGUCGCCAAUAUUAAUGUAUGUUUGCUGUCAAACCAAUGGGAUGUGAAACUUGUUUUAUAAAUGUUUUGGUGUGUCAUGUAGCAGAAGCUCUUAUCCAGAGCGACUUACAGGUGCAAUUAGGGUUAAGUGCCUUGCUCAAGGGCACAUUGGCAGAUUUAUCACCUAGUCGUCUUCUGAAUUCGAACCAGCGACCUUUCGGUUACUGUCCUAAAGCUCUUAACCACUAGGCUACUUGCUGUCCGACCCACUAACCUGAAAUUGAUACAUUGAUGACUAUGAGAAGGUUGAUUUUGAUGUGAGGGCAUUACUAAGCAAACAAAUCAAUCCAAUUAAAUUGGGCAUUCAUUUUUUCUAAUAUAUUUUGACCUUUCUCUGGUCGCAUUAAGUGGCCAGAAUAAACCAGAAUACAUUAAACAUGAAUGACGUCUUGUAAAUUAAGCAUAACACAUUUUGCUCUGCAUACUGGAAGAUUAUUACAGAGAACAAAUGAUUGAUAAUAGUAGCUGAAUAUUUAUCAUGGAUAAAUGACUGACAUUGAAAGGCUAUGAUGAUAACAUUUAUGUAUUCACAUAAUGGAGUUGACAGGUAAGAGUUGAAAAAUUACGGAUUUGAUUACUUAAAAUCACUAUGAUUGAAUGUUAUAGAUUUUUUUUUUUUUUUUUUAACGCUAACACUUACCACAAAGCUAAGACACCCUUGAAAUGUAUUUACCUUUUCAAACAGUAGGACCUUCAUAAUAAUGUGAUACUUUAAAUUACACAUAUAAUGACUUUCUUUGUUUUCAUCAAUAUUGUGAGAAUGAUACAACAGUUAGCUUUUUACUGUUUGCAUUUGUUUUAUUAGCAUUCCAAGUAUCACCAUCCCUUUCAGUGGCAAGAUGGUAUCAGUCUACAUUCUAACACUAUUUCAGUGGCAAGAUGGUAUCAGUCUAUAUUCUUUUCUUUUUACAUCUUUUUCUCCCCAAUUCCGUGGUCUCCAAUUGUCUCAUAGCUGCAACCCCCGUACAGUCUCGGGAGAGGCGAAGGUCGAGAGCCGUGUGUCCUCCGAAACACAACCCAACCAACUGCUUCUUGACACAAUGCCCACUUAACCCAGAAGCCAUCCACACCAAUCAAUGUGUUGGAGGAAACACUACACCUGGCGACCGUGCACUGCGCCCGGACCGCCAAAGGAGGCGCUAGUGCGCGAUGGAACAAGGACAUCCCUGGCGGCCAAACCUUCCCCUAACCUGGACGACGCUGGGCCAAUUGUGCGCCACCCCAUGGGUCUCCCAGGCUGCGGCCUGCUGCGACAAAGCCUGGACUCGAACCCAGAAUCUCUAGUGGCAUAGUUACUGUUGCACUGCGAUGCAGUGUCUUAGACCACUGCGCCACUCAGGAGGCUUCAGUCUACAUUCUAACACUAUUUCAGUAACAAGAUGGUAUUAGUCUACAUUCUAACACUAUUUCUGUAGCAAGAUGAUAUUAGUCUACAUUCUAACACUAUUUCAGUAACAAGAUGGUAUCUUCCUACUGAAAAAUUGCCUAGACAGGAAUUGGAACAAAUUGACAGUCUGUGACUAGCGAUGGUUCAAUGUGGCUUUAUUGUACUAAAGUGAGGUAGUAAGAGGUGCUGAGUAUUUUGACACUGAAUGAAAUGGGAACACUCCUAGUUCAAACAGCUUGGCUUGGUUGAUCAGUGUGUCUAUAAUAAUGUCUUGAUCUUAAAGGCCCAGUGCAGUAAAAAACUUGAUUUUCCUGCGUUUUAUAUAUAUAUUUCCACACCAAGGUUGGAUUCAUAUUGACAUUGUGAAAAUUAUGAUAAUGCCCUUUUAGUGUAAGAGCUGUUUGAAAAUACUUCCUGAAAUGUCAGCUUGUUUUGGUGGGAGGGAGUUUUGGCCUUCCAUGGUGACAUCACCAUGUGGUGAAUUGGUUAAUAAAGAUUUCCAAACCUCUCUGCCAAUAACAGCUAGUUUUCAGUUCCCCCUCCCCAGUCAGAACACUCCCUGACAGUCUUAGCCAAGUUCUUACUUGAGAAAUUGCUCUUUGCUAAGAGCUUUUUUUUUUGGACCAUUUUCAUUUAAAACAAUCACAGUAAGGUACUUAAUUGUUACCUAGAAAUAAUUUGAUACUGGUGUGGGGGAAAAAACCCAGCUGCAUUGAACCUUUUAAUGAAUGUAUAUAAACAGUGACAAAUCCCCCAUUGAAGGUUCAGUAAUGAAAAAGAAGGAAAGUCUUGUCUUCCUGUGAUUCAUAAACGUUUGUUGUCAAUGAUGAAUGGUUUAUGGUUCUCAUUUUCUCGUUCUUGCUCAAUAACAAUUUUUUUCCUUUACUUUUUUUCCAUUUUUCCAUGGCUCUGGCUUUCUCCCACCUCUUCCUCCCCUCCUUGCCCUGUGAUUUUGGGGGCUUGUCCAGGAUAGGGCUAGCAGCAAGACAGUAGGCCCCGUGCCACAGUCCGCCUGCCAACCGCCAUGCACUGCCAUUCUCCCUCUUAUCAUAUCGCUCUGUUUCUCAUCCAGCAGACAUUCAAUUUGUGGACCACAAACUAUCUGUUUUACAGCUAUAUUGAGACUGUUUUAGAAAGCAGCUCACUGCCUCUGGUCUCAUCUCUGCCAACCGUUUGACGGUAGACAGCAAAUCCUAUGUGGCUAAAAGCUACUAUAAUUGUGGACUUGAGAAUAGCAGGGCGAGAUAGGGAGAAUGCAUACUCAUCAUGAAAUAUAAGAAUAUAUUUUGUAAUCCUGCAUGUCGAUGGCUUUUUCUGUAACAUUUAUCCUUUAUCCUGGCUGAACAGUCUUUUGUCGUUGUCUGUUUGUUAUUCGCACCACAUUGUCCUUGGUGUCAGAUGAAUGUUUGUCAUGCCACUGCUACACAGGGCAACAAUGUAAAUUGUCCAGCAUAUUGUGCUCUGAUUUGACAUAUCCUCCAUUGUCUUAAGGAUUUUUUUCCGUCUUUGACUAUGUGGAAGGACAACAUUGCAUUGUUGCCAGUGGCGAUUAUAUAAAUCUGUAUAGUGAUUACAUCAGGAAUUUGACAAUGCUAUGUGUAGCCAUAUUAUUCUCUAAGGGUUCUUCUUUGUGUAUUUUCAGGCCCUUUUAUAAUAAAUGCCAAGUGUGCAACAAGUACAGUUUUUACUUUACACCCUUUCCCUGUGUUGCUUUCCCUCAUUUCUCCCAUUCUUCUCUCUCCAUCUUUCUGUCCAUCUCUCUCCCUUCCUCCCUUCUGUCCAACUCUCUCUUCACUCUCACAUUCUCCACCCCCUCAGUGCUGUGGUUUAAUGUAGACCACAGAGCCCCAGCAUUGUGGGGUUAUUAGUAACACAUGGGGGUGUUUCCUCCAUCCAUAUUGGUUUUGUAAGGUGAGGUCACCAAUGGCUCUGCAUCUGAAAAGGGAGCGGAGCAAGCUGGCAGAAGAAACAUGUGGGGGCGUGAAGCAGUGUAAGAGAGGAGAGAAUGGGACACAGGCUCUUCGCUGCAGAGCUCUGAAGUCUGUAGACUAGGCCAGGAAGAAAAACAAUAUUUCGAAAAGUAUUAAAAUAUUUAUGAGGUUUAUAUUGGCUACACCCACCACAAAGAUGGUGUCGUUGUUUAGCAGACAAGUGGGUUAAGUAAAGCAGAACAAUAGUAGUCCCACCAUUUUCAAAGUUGAUUUUGAUUUCCUUUCGCAAAAUAAAAUAAAGGCGUGAACUUGGUCCAUCUGCUUCUUGGUAAUGGGCAUCAUAGUGAAUUUGUAGAUGACUGACAGGUCAGAGAAAGUUCAGCUUCUCUCUAAAAUCCUUUACAUGAGAGACGUGACUGGUAGUCAAACGGUUUCCGGUGGAUAACUGUAGAAACAGUAUUUUUGUUUACAGUCAUGAUGAUUCUGAUUGCUUGACUGACUGGGGACAAUAUGGUUGCUCCUCUCAUCCAACAACCAUAUUUAUCACAGUGCAUUGUGGGUAGUUGGUGACUGUGGUGAGUACAGCAUGGGGUUGUAGCAUGUGUCCACUUGCAUGGCACAGCAAUGUUUCUGAUACAAACUGCUUCUUCUCACCCCUUCUGUUUAAUAGCUUGUGAAAUAGGAGGGAAAAGAGAAGUGUCAUGUUUAGAUCGAUUGUCUGUGCUUUAAGGGCUCUUAACCAAGGGAGACUUAAUCCCAACUGCAUCUUCCCUGGUGAACUUGAGUGAUUGGCUGAGUUCCAAAGCUUCUAAAUCACUUCCUUUCAAUGUAAUGUCUUCUCCCUCUCCUUAAAGGAAAAUUCCACCCCAAAACUAUCUUUUGGUAUUUGUUUCAUUAGUCCAUUUUUGAGAACGUUCCAAAAAUGUUUUGCAUGUCAGCAAUCAAGUUUUCAAGAUGUAUAACUUUCAAUAUACAGAAAUACAGCUGGUAUGAUAAAAAAAAUGCAUCACACCGGCUGUAUUUUAAAAGUUAUAUAUUUUGAAAACUUGAUUGCUGACAUGCAAAAUGUGUUAGCGCCUUGCCCUAGUUCUGACCUCGUUCACAGAGCUGAAAGGACUAAACCAUGAAUUCCAAUGUAAUUCACUCAAUUCACAUCAUAAAUUGACCUCAAAACCCUAGUAGGGAGUGCUCUACAAAUCUGUAAAGGUGUAGCAGUACUUUUUGUUGUUGCUUUUUUUUCUACUCAUCUCAUGUGCCUGACCAACAAAUGCAAGAAAGAAUGAUUUGUCUUUUUUGUUUACAUUGUGCUGUAUUGUUUUGGGGGGGUUGUGUUUUUUUUUUGGAUCCCCAUUCGCUUUUGCAGAGGCAGCAGCUAUUCAUCCUGGGUCCACAAACAAACAUGACAAGUAACAAAACACUGAUAGACAAGGACAGUCACACAAGGGUGGGAUGGUGAGAAAGCGGGUCAGAAUGAAUGUCUAGCAGAUAAAUAACUUUUCUCCUAAUAUAUAUAUUUGUGUGGCGGAAAACACCAGUCUUUGGUUAUUAACUUCAAUCUUUACUCUCUCUUUCUAAUGGUUAUCUUAUUGGUACUAUGUAACAUUUGUAUUGCUACCAUGUUAAAUAUUAACCAUGGGCAGCAUUGGUCUAAGGGAUGUUGUAAACUGAAGUAGCUUUUUCGAGCUGGGAUAUGAAGCGUCCACAUCUGAUAAGUUAUUUUUCAUGUGUACUCUGCUCUAUGUAUUUUCAUCCUGAAACAGUUGAACUCUUUAUGAACCGUGUGUGUUUGUUCGUAUGCAUAAGUGUAUGCUGCGUGUGUAUGCGUGUCUGUCUGUAUGACACUCUUCUCUUGUUUUUUGCAUGACUAUAUUUUUGUAUGGGUAUAUACAGUAUCUUAGUAUUGGAGUUCUAUACUGGUGUUUACAGUGUUUGCAACUGAACAAUAAAUAUUUCAAUGAUGGUUUCAAUUAAAUAAUUGUGAGAUUCUG